AUGUUCCUGGAAAGAAAAGAGGAUGAGUGGUCUUUUGCCGAUGGUAUGGGCUUCUUCCUCAAAAAGAUCGUCGUUCCAGGCUACCUCGAACGGCUUCCAGCGUUUGUCUCGUCGGUUCAUCGUGGCGUUAAUCGACCUGCAGCUUUGGCUCACUGGGCCGAUCUGGUCUCUCAAGAAACAGAAAAGUGGCUGAAGGAGCAGCACGAACACCAGACUAGCCACGGCAAAUGCAACGAGCUUUUUCACAGCGUCUCCCUGCUCGUACAUCGGGUCAUCGUUCGCUGCCUAAUGGGCGAAGACUUUUAUGACUACUCAGAUGAACUCUUUGAAGCUCUCCAUGAUAUGGAGCGCGACAUAGGCGAUCCUCUGAAUGUUCUGCUUCCAGACUGGAUCCCUCACCCUUCAGCAAAACGACUCGCACGAGCUCGUGACCGCGUGUGCUCCAUCUUUGACAAAUGCCUCGCAGCUCGAGAGCAGGAACCCGAUCGAUGGAAAGACUCGCUGGACUACAUCCAGUUCACACUCGAUAGCCCGGACACAUGCAAGUUGAAGAAGUUCUACGCGGCUCACCACACUCUGUUGAUGUUUGCAGCGCACACUAGCACCGUCUCUUUGAUAGCGUGGACCUUGGUCGAGCUGCUGAAGCAUCCGCAAGAGCUGGAUGCGACUCGAGAAAAGACCAGUGAGCUGCACAAGCUCCAAGACUGGCCCAAACACACUUUACUGCAGGCAUGUCUUAGCGAAACAGGUCGCAGACGGUCAUCUACUUCGAUGAUACGACGCGCUCGUAAACCUGUUACGCUACCGCUGGAUGGAAAGAAGGAGAAGGUCACGUUCCCGCGUGGAUCGGUGGUGAUGAUUUCUCCGUACUUGACCCACAAUGAAGAAGCGCACUACGAGCGUGCCGACACAUGGGACCCUCAACGCUGGAUCGAGAAUCCACGCCUUGCCAGCCAGAUGAAUUCCGGUGGAGAGGUGCGCUUCAUGCAAUUCGGCUGGGCUUCCCAUCGCUGCCCCGGUGAAAAGGUGGCCAAGAUGAUGGCGGCCAUCACGAUCCUCACCAUUCUGGACAGAGUAGAACUUUCUUGGUCCCCCAACCCUGAGGUCAAAGAUCCAAGUGAGUUCGACAAACUGGAGAAUCUGGACUUCUCCAAGAUCGGCUCAGCUUGGUCGAAGAAGCCCGUCGAGAUUGUUUUCGAGCCGAGGGCCGACCACACGCCAACAUUUGUAGGGGCAAGUUGA